UUGGACAAUUGCAAUCUAUGCAUUAAGCACAACCUGUUCAAUGAAAAUGGCUAAAGAACUACCACAACAGCAACAUCUUCAACUUGGUUACUGUCUCUUUCACCACUUCACUACUACUACUACUACCUUAAACUCACUACUAUUACUUUCUUUACUUUUCUCUUUCCAUUUACAUUCUCCUGUUCUGUCUCACAACACAAGUUUCUGUGUUUUUUCUCACUCUCUAAUAUGGACCGUACUACUGACAAGCAUCAGCAACAGCACCAACAGCAGUUGUCUUUGGCAAAGAAUGUCAGGCAAAGAUACAAUGAAUGGAUUUUUCGCGAUGUACCUAGUGAUAUAACUAUAGAAGUGUGUGGAGUAACAUUUUCAUUACAUAAGUUUCCUCUCGUUUCUCGAAGUGGUAGAAUUCGGAGGCUAGUUGCAGAACAUAGAGAUUCUGAUAUCUCAAGAGUUGAGUUUCUUAAUCUACCAGGAGGUGCUGAAUGCUUUGAAUUGGCUGCAAAAUUUUGUUAUGGUAUUAACUUUGAGAUUACAUCCUCAAAUGUUGCACAGCUAUGUUGUGUUUCCGAUUACCUCGAAAUGACCGAUGAUUUCUCAAAAGAUAAUCUCAGUUCGAGGGCCGAGGAAUAUCUAGAUUGUAUUGUCUGCAAGAAUCUGGAAAUGUGUGUUGGAGUCUUGCAACAAUGUGAAAGCCUAAUUCCUCUAGCCGAUGAGCUGAAAAUAGUUACUCGUUGCAUCGACGCAAUAGCAUCGAAAACUUGUGCAGAACAAAUAGCUUCUAGUUUCUCAAGAUUAGAGUAUAGCAGCUCAGGUAGGUUGCACAUGAGCAGACAAGCCAAAUGUGAUGGUGAUUGGUGGAUAGAAGAUAUUUCGGUAUUAAGAAUCGACAUGUAUCAACGAGUCAUAACAGCGAUGAAGUGUCGUGGAGUUCGGCCAGAAAGUAUCGGUGCUUCCCUUGUGAACUACGCAGAGAAAGAAUUGACAAAGAAAUCAAGUUUGUGGAAUCAAUCUAACCAGAAUAAAACUGAUUCAAAUUCAACUUUGCAUGAAAAGCUUGUGGUUGAGACUAUUGUAAGCCUUUUGCCUGUUGAGAAACUUGUCGUUCCAAUUAAUUUCCUUUUCGGGCUGCUGCGAAGCGCGGUGAUGCUUGAUUGCGCAAUUUCUUCUAGACUUGACUUGGAAAGAAGGAUUGGAUCACAGUUGGAUCUAUCCACACUCGAUGAUAUUUUGAUUCCAUCUUUCAAGCAUUCAGGUGAUACCUUAUUUGAUGUUGACACAGUUCAUAGACUUUUAGUAAACUUCUGUCAGCAGGAAGAUAGUGAUGACGAUUUAGAAGAUGGUUCUCUUUUUGAAUCCGAUAGCCCUCGCUCGCCCUCACAAACUUCGUUAGUUAAGGUGUCGAAAUUAGUGGACAAUUACCUUGCUGAAAUUGCUCCUGAUGCAAACUUGAAGCUUUCUAAGUUUUUGGUCAUUGCAGAAACAUUGCCAGCACAUGCGCGCACCGUUCAUGACGGUUUAUAUCGAGCCAUCGAUAUUUAUUUAAAAGCUCAUCAAGGGUUGUCGGAUUUGGACAAGAAGAAACUAUGCAAAUUAAUUGAUUUUCAAAAGCUUACUCAAGAAGCCGGAGCACAUGCUGCGCAAAACGAGCGCCUUCCUCUACAAUCAAUAGUGCAAGUUCUAUAUUUUGAACAACUAAAGCUAAGAAAUUCAUUGUCCACCACCGGGGACGAUGACAUCAAACCAAUGCAUGCGUCAUGGCGCAUAAGUAGCGGUGCACUAAGUGCGGCAAUGUCUCCACGCGAUAACUACGCAUCACUAAGGCGCGAAAAUCGUGAGCUGAAACUCGAGUUGGCCCGACUAAGAAUGAGACUAAAUGAUCUAGAGAGGGAACAUGUUUGCAUGAAGAGGGAUAUGGCAAAGUCCGGAUCACGUAAAUUUAUGAGUUCUUUUUCGAAAAAAAUUAGUAAGCUUAGUCUCUUUGGACAACAUAGCUCCUCUAGAGAAACAAGUUCUCCAUCUAGGAAUUCUCAUAGAACAGAUUCAAAGGUUAUUGAGAGAACUUGUGCUAGCACUGAAUAGGUAAAUGUUUAGCUAGCUUCAAUUUUUCUCUUGUUUUUAUCCCUUAAGUGGACUCACUUGGUAAUUGUAAGUUAUGCUCAUGGGGACAUAAUCACUUCAUUUUUCCUUAUCUUUGUUCCUUUUAGAAACCCAUGUGUUAGAAUAUGUUCCGACCUCAAGUCUGCUUUGGGUCUUGCGUAAGCCUUUAAAGACGCCUCAAUGGAUAGAAGAGUGUCCGUGUUUAAAACUAUCUUUAUCCUCGAUUUCCAAGCAAAGUAAGACUUUUUGGUGUAUCAAAAUAGUAUAUUUCUAGUAGACUUUUUGGUCAUUGCA